AUGCCCCUGUUGGCCAUAGCUAAACUCAAUUCGAGUCUGUCAGUUUACUUUUAUCGCUAUGGCAACCUCUUUGUCUCCCGAACUUUACUACUCCUCUUCUUUUCGUUUUCUCUUAUCACCUUCUUUUCACUUCCAGUCCUUCUUGACGUCUAUGAUUCCGCUCGCCAAAGCACUCUUCCAACCCAGUCUCACGAUGCCCAAUUCUGGCACUUUUCACCUCAUGUCCAAUUCACAAAUACCACCCAACAAAUAACCACUACCACAACCACCACAACUACUACAGCCCCAACAACGACUUCUGCAGUUACAACACAGCAGAUCAGAAUCUCACUUGCACACAAGAAGAUCACUAAAGAUCUCUUGCUCCAUGCUCUCGACAUUCACAAUCUACUCACCACAAGUUUUGUCACCCUGGACGGACAACCGUCCUCUCUAUCAAACAUAUGUCUCGGCCGUCAAGGUCUGUGUGUAAUUCACUCGCCUGUCGACUACUGGCCCACCAGAGCUAGCCUUGAGGAUGACCCAGACUGGAGGGCAACCAUAGACCGUCAGAGCCACAGAGUCUCAGACCAGACCGGACUCUCACUACACCCCUUUUCGAUGUUUGGCAAUGCGACACUCGACAAGAACGGCUAUUUGAUCAAUGCUGACUCUAUUGUCCUGACCGUCCUGCUCAAACACCCUAACCCUCACUAUGCCUCUCGUAUCUGGGAUACCCUGUGGCAGCACACAACCCAGCAAUUGAAUCUUGCUCGGUUAGAAACCAAUCCUAUAAACGCACCUACCGUAUUUACUUUCGAAUUACCUUACCGUUACUAUGUCCUAGCCAUUAUCCACCUUGGUCUCUUCCUAGGAGUCUCAAACGCCUUUUCAACCUCGACCUUGAUCAAAUCCCAGUACACGUUCGGACUCGCGACCAUCUUUAUGUCGAUUGCCUGCCACACAACCACCGUAGGUAUCUUCCGGUUUUUCGAGAUUCGCUUUGUUGCCGUCCCAUGGUACCUUUGUUGGCUUGUUGUACAUGUUGCUACUCUCGAGAACGCCUUCUUGAUGGCCAACGCGGUCCUGAGCGCGGGCUGCGAUAUGCAGGUCAAAGAAAAGGUCUGCCGUGGAAUCCAGAGUGUGGGUGUGCCCAUGACCACGACUCUGGUGGCCGAAAUGGUGAUCCUGUCGAUUGGAACUGCCAUGGACCACGCCCUCAUAAAAGAGUUUUGUCUGUUUACCAAAAUAGUACUCUUGGUAGACUAUGUCCUUCAGUUUACCUUUUUCCUUGCCAUGCUUUCGAUUGACAUUCGCCGUGUAGAGCUGGCCGACUUGGGUGAUAGUCAAUUGUCCAAACGAUUGCGAGAACUUUUGCAUGUUGAUCCGUCUAUUGAACAGGGGCCGGACUUUUGCCCUGUUCAAGACACGCCGGAUGAACAAGACUCAAAGUCGUGCGCAGAGUGUAAGGAAUUCAAAACCCACAGAGCCGUUAAUGCUCUUUUGUUAUGUUUGAUUAUCCUGGCCCUGGCAAUGUUUCGUUCCAAGGGGGCCACAAAUGUAUCCAACAGUUUAAGCGCUGUUUCUCUGCCGUCGAAAGAGGUCGGACAUUUGGAGCUAGUAUCAGCUCACUUCUGGCAAGUCGUGAACCCGCUCCAGGAGACCCAAUGGCUGAACACCAAGCCGCCCUAUCUGAUCGUACUCGCCAAAGACGCCCAAGACGCCGACCAAGGCCGGUCUACACUUGCCAGCUGCGUAUCUCACUACGAGGCUAAGAGCGUUGCGCUCCAGACCGUCCACAAGCAACAGCAACUCAUGCGUCCUCCGCCAUCUCGUCUGCGCGGGUGGGUCUAUGGUGUGGCAGAAACUGUUUUGUUGGCUGUGCUACAAGUAAACCUGCCGUCACUUUUGCUCUGUAUGGUCUUGGUGGCCAUCAUCAUGUGGAUCACGCCUCGAUUACGCGACCGCUGGCUCUUACCUUUUCUCGAGACAAGCUUUGUGCACAUCACCCUGCGGAGUUUGUCGUUCCUGACUUACAUGUUGCCCUGGAUCACCACCUUUUUGAACCAAAGCAUCGCACAAACCCUGAAUUUUCAAAACCAGCAACAGCAACAGCAACGCCAACACGAUCAGAAUCAAAACAAAAACAACAAUAGAAACAACGGCAGCACCAACCGUCAUAAUCACCAGGGUGCAAUCUCAAACCAAGCUAAAUUUGAUAGCAGCACAAACCAUGUAGGCCGGGUCUCAGUCAAGACUUUGUCAGGCCAGCACGUGGCUGAUGUCCACCGAAUUGCUGUCAAUCAUCAGCACAACACGCUCGUCUCUAGCGGUCAAGAUGGCCGUCUUGUUCUCUGGGAUACCAACAAAGCGAAUUGGAUGGCACGUUUGGAUCCUGUCAAGAAAUCUCGUCUCAAUUCUCUCUACUAUCCUUCUCGACCCACAGCCCAGACCUCCUCGAAAUUCUCACAAACAAACAACAGAAAUCUUAAUAGCAGCGGUGGUAUCAGCAGCGCAGUUGUUCGCUCUGUAGAAAUCGACCGUGCCAACAAAUGGAUUGCAACCGGAGCAGAGGAUGGCGUCGUACGUAUCUGGAACGCACUAACCGGCCAACUUAUGCAUUCACUCUCGGCCGAAAGUCAGCAUGUAGAGACUAUGGACAACGGUAUUCGUAAACGCCAUGGAGCAAUGUCCGCAUCAACAUCCACAUCCACAUCCACAUCAACGUCAACGUCAACGUCAACAUUAGUAGCAGUAGAAAGUCAGAAAAACACCGGUGUUAAUAGCCGCGUUGUAGACCGUGUGUUGGGAAUCCAAUGGGUCGGACGAUCAACUGCUACUACUAAUACUACUACGAUGAACAAAGGCGAGGCACAGAACCGGAUUGUGUCAGUUCACAAGAGUGGAAUGUUGCGCGAGUGGGAUGUGACUCUGGGCGAGUGUGUCCAGCAAACCUGCACUGGCCAUCUCAAAGACAUCACGGUCUUACACUGUGUGGAGUCUGAGCCGGCUUACCUUGCUAAACCAGGCAUCACUUGGCUCUUUACUGCGUCCAAAGAAGGCGUAGUCAAGUGCUGGCAACGUGAUGUCAGGACAAACGAUGAACCUUGGACCUGUGCCUAUACUAUUGAUGGCCACCAUGGCCAGAUCGUUACCUGCCUUGCAACCGAAUUUCCUGUCGGUGGCAUCGGACUUUUGGUGACUGGCUCGAGCGAGGGAGCCGUGAUUGCCUGGAAUUUCGAGACGGGCGAAUGGAUCGGGACACUCUCGGCCGGAGGUGUCAAGACUAAAAAGAAGAACCAGCAACAUGCUCGGGAUCAUCCUAUUGGUGGACCUCUUCUUCGAUUCAGCAAAACAACCUCGUCUAAUACCAAUAAUGACAAUAGUUAUAAUAAUAAUAAUAAUUAUAAUACUGUCUCUACUCACUUUUCUGCCACAACCACCACUACCACUACUAUUAACAACAACAACAAUUAUUCUCAUGGAGGAAUUGAAGAAAACCCCCAGGUCAAGGGUAUUCUGCACUCUCUUGAACAUCGAGUCCAGAACAAUGAACCUGGAGACCAUCGUGGGCCAAUUACACACGUGGUUGUUACACGUUAUUGCGAAGUCGAAAAUGGCCAUGGACAGUGCAGAGGUUGUAUUUCCUGUUUUGGAAACGGAUUUAUGGUUGCUUCCUGCUCGGCCGACGAAACUGUGCAUGCUUGGCGACUCGAGCGUGUGGGUGGUCCAAAUGUGAGCUGUACGCUCUGUGCAAAGGACUACCACAAGAAGCAAUACAAGCGUACUCGGAAAGUCAGCACUUGCAACACUACAACUGACCAGGAUUUAGUGGGAGGAGGGAUUUCGCCUAUACCUUCGCCAUCUUCUUCAUUAACAACAUCAAUGACAAUGUCAACCUCAACCUUAACAAAUACAGGAACAAAUCAUGGUACUACGGUGUCGGCGGGACGUCCCCGAAAGCCGUCAACAUCUCAAAGUUUGCCUGUCCGCCGAGUUCAUCGCCAUAUUCGGCCCAGCCGGUCUUCUGCACACCAAGGGGCAACAUCUGAUGAUAGAGGAGAUCCUUUGUUGGAUAUUGAACAGCUGGCUGGAGAUGUCGAAGCCAAUUUGGAAACUCGCUUUUUGGGAAAGAUUGACCAGGUUUCCGGGCGAGGCUUGGUGUUUUGCAAUAACAAUAUCCUGGCUGGUGUUCGCCAAAGAACCACACCGGUUACUCCAAAAGGCCAAAACAACCCUAACAGCAGCAAUAAGUCCUAUUCUUCUUCGGGAGAUGGUUUUGGGGGUGAUACCUCUGGUCAAUGGGAAGCCUGGUUUGCACCUCUUCAAUACCAUGAUCCUCCUGUUUUCCACGAUUUUGGAGAUUCGAAUAGCCUGGGACAUACAAAGACCUCAAUGAUGAUGAUUCCUGUGGAGACCUUUGUAUUGGAUACUGAUUUAGACCAACAGAAUGAUUCUGUAAUUGCCGAGGCUACCGUAUCAGUAUCGCCUAGUAAUAACAAUAAUAACAAUCUUUCGAUUGGAUCCAUUAUUGGGUCAUUAUUUGGUGUUAUCAAUCGUCGCCCGAAAUCUUCGUUAUCGAAACAACAGAACACUCACCCAUGGAGACAACGUAGACGACCGCAGCUCAGCAACAAUGGAAGUGGCAGCAAUACAAGAAUUUCUAGUAGACGUCGAAAGGACAGCAAACAAAAUUUCGAUUCGGAAGACAGCAACAAAAACAGCCACAAGAAUAGUAAUGAUGAUGAUUAUGAUGAGGAUGAUGAGGAUAGCUUGGAUGAUGGAGAGGCUAGCGAGAUUCUCCCAUUUUCAACCGUACGACACAUUGUUCCGAUGACAAAAUCUGGAUUUGUAUGUGAUUUUGGCAAUUUUGUCAAGGUGGUGACUAUUCUUCAGAAAGAAGGAGCCAUGCGUCACAGUAACCAAGGGUUGGAUGAGACACUUGCUAGUGUUGUGCCCUUGACAGCCACGAAGAGUGAUUGUAUCUGCCUUGGAGAUAGUGAAGACUGUUGUGGUGGUAAAGAGAAGGUGAAUGGCAAAUGCUGUGGUGGAAAAAACAAACGUCGUAAUCGCCAAGCCAUCAACAAAGACAGUAACAGUGAGGAAGAUGAGGUUAAUAAUAACUACCGACCACCUGUGAUUGUUAGCCCACCAGCAAAGAUAGAUAUCUCAAGUUGCCAGGUCCGCAGUAUUGCUGACUGUUCGUUCAAGGCACAUUGUUCCAAGGCAGCCGAUUGUCGUGCAUCGGUUUCCAAGAAAUCAUCGUACGGCUUAUAAAAUAAAUACAGAAAAAGAAAGGUUUUAUAUAGAUAUUCCUUUCUCUUUUUCCCUAACCCCACAUUUACACUCUGGAACUUCGCUCUUUCUUUCUUUACUGCACAAUUCCUAUUACCAUUCCCACUACCAUUAUCAUUACCAUUAUCAUUACCAUUACCAUUACCAUUAUAUUUAUAUUUAUACUUAUACACUUACUCGCUACACACACACAUAUAUAUAUAUAUAUAUAUAUAUUAUACAGACACGACCAUUAUACACAUACAC